UCGACUAGGGUGGGGUACUUCCCGGCCAGAGGAGGGGGAGUCCAGCCGAUCUGGCCGGUGGGAGGCGGGGAAGCUGACCGGGAGGACUCCGAGUGGGGAGAGGUGCAGCAGCAGCAGCCUCAGCAGCGACGGCUCCACGUCGUAGGGAGGAGGAGCAGAAGGAGGGAAAGCGGCGGAGAGGACCGGCCGGGCGCAGUCCGUGCGCGGGGACCUUGGCCUUCCUGCGCCCAUCUCCGCCGCCUGCAGUGCCCUCCUGCCUCCCGGCGUCGGAGCCAUGGCGGGGCCAGGCCCGGGCCCAGGGGAGCCCAACGAGCAGUACGAUUUCCUGUUCAAGUUGGUGCUUGUGGGGGACGCGAGCGUGGGCAAGACGUGCGUGGUUCAGCGCUUCAAGACGGGCAGUUUCUCGGAGCGUCAGGGCAGCACCAUCGGUGUGGACUUCACAAUGAAGACGCUGGAGAUUCAAGGGAAGCGAGUUAAGCUACAAAUCUGGGACACCGCUGGACAGGAGCGUUUCCGCACUAUCACCCAGAGCUAUUACCGAAGCGCCAAUGGAGCCAUCCUUGCAUAUGACAUAACCAAAAAGAACUCCUUCCUCUCUAUGCCUCACUGGAUUGAGGAGGUCAGAAAGUACGCAGGGUCCAGUAUAGUCCAAUUGCUGAUUGGAAACAAGUCGGACCUAAGCGACCUUCGGGAAGUCCAGUUGAGUGAAGCCCAGCUCCUGGCCGACCGUUACGAAAUCCUCUGCGCCAUCGAAACGUCUGCCAAAGACUCCAGCAACGUGGAGGAGGCCUUUGUGAAGGUGGCCACCGAGCUCAUGAUGAGACACGGGGGCCCCGUCUUCAAUGAGAAGAACACUGGCAACAUCAAACUGGACAGCAAGGAGGUGUUGGAAGGCUGGGGCUGUGGCUGCUGAUGGCAGCAGGAACAGGCGGUGGGCACUGGGGGAAUGUGACAGUGCUAAUACCCUAGUUUCCUUUAAUUUAAUGCUAAGUAUUUGUAAUUGCAAUAACUUCUACCCCAAAAUGGGGGACCAACAAUUCUGUAGCAGUAAGAGCAGUAAUGAUUGUGCUUUGCUGAUUUUUUUUCCUCAAUUAAAGGGACAUAGAAAAGGUAACUGGGUCUACUGGUAUGGCCAUAAGGGGGAAGUUCUCCAGGAAGGAUUAGGGGGAGGGGGUUAACUUAGUCCUUUGCCAUCUUGUAGAGCAAAGGAGACAAGUAGCCUUAUUGAUUCAAUGACUUUGGAGUAGAUGCAGGGAGGAGGAAGGGAGGGCAAGAUUUUCUCCCCUUAGAAUCAUUUGAGAUACAAGUAGUUUCUAUCCAGCCCUAGCAUCCUUUGUCUAUGUCCCUUUAAAUCCUUUGCGUUGCAGGAGCCAUCCAAGCUCCUAAGUUAGCUGGUGGGGCAAGAGGAGAGGAUUGUCCUCGGCUCUGAAAGGGAAUUGAUACCCACUGAGAUGAGGUACAGCUAUCCCCUGCCAAUCCUGGUUUCUGUCAUUCUGAUUAUCCAGAUAUUUUUAUUUUAGGUUAAUGGCCCACAAGUGAGUUUAAAUGGGAAGUCCCCUCACUUUUUACCCUAUAUACUAUUUUGAUCGGUGAUUUCCCAAGCGACUUCAGGUUUGUUUUUGUGGCCCGAGAAGCAAUCUCCCCUUUCCAGGGACACCUUGUGUAAACAGAAUUGGAUGAGCAGGGUGUGGUGAGGGCCAUCUUGGCACCCAUCAGCUUAGCUCAGACUCCCCUCUUCCUGAGUGGGGAACCGCUGGGAAGAGACCUGCCUUGUUCUAGCUUAGAAAGCUUUGCUCUUCCAGUUCUAAAAAACCCCUUUUCUUCCUGCCCCAGUGGUUUUUAAAGGUAAAAAAAAAAAAAGUAAAAAAAGUAAAUUUUAAGGUAAUUAAAUGUAAUUCAACAGUUCAAGCCUUUUGAGGAGCAGGUAGGGAGGGUGGGUAGACAGUCAUGAGUGUUCUUUCUCAGUGGAAACUAAUGCCUGAGAAGGCAUACAAUUUUUAGAAUUGAAAAUAGAAAGUGAAAAGCACAAGGGGGAUACAGGGUUCUUCCAAUCUUCUUUUCACUCAUGAUUAGGGUAGCAAAGAACAGUUAUCUUGAGGUCCAGAGAUUUGACUUGCUUUUGAACAUUUUUUCCAUUCAGAUCAGUUCCCUACAGCUCAUCACACAGGAAAGAGAUAGGGCCAAAGUUGGCAUCCAGCCAUACCAGCUUCCUCUAUCUGGUUUCUAACAAGGUAGGCCCAGAAAUUCCCCUCUGCUUCUUUGAAACAUUAGCAUUUCCUCCAGACAUCUGCUAAAACAAUAUUGAAGAAUUUAGGGUUCUCCAAGUGGAAAAAUGAUUAAAAACAAAAACCCCUCUUUGUAGAAUUUGAACUUUGCUCUUCCAAAUACCAUGAACCCCAAGUAGCAGCAUUGAAGCUGUCUGGGCAUCCUCACAAGCCUACUUGUGUCAUUGAGACCUGGACAGAAAUGGCCAAAUUAUGGGCUGCUAAUAGACACAGGCUGUCAGCAAAUUGUUUGUCCCUCUCUGGCAUGUCAACAGUGACCUGUCCAUCACUGCCUCCUCUGACUUUGAAACUUGCCUGCCUCUUCCCUCAGGACCCUACUGUUUUUAACUUUUAAUACUGUGAGGUUGAUGGAACAUGUGCUGUAUAUUCAUUUCUGAAGAGCACAUUCUCAGGGGCCCUAUUUUUGUUGCCCCACUGUCUUCCUAAUAAUACAGGCAGCUUUGUGUCCUCGGAUCCUUUCUUUGGAUUUCAGGUUAUGAAUUCCUCACAUUCAUCCCUUGAAGGAGGUGGCUUCUGGGACCUGCUGUUCCUCUCCAUUUCAGCGUUAGCCCUGGGGAUGGGUGGCUGCAGAUACUGCUGCCCCAUUCCAGCUACUUUCUGCAAAGUAAUGUUGAACCCAGGUGGAGUUCUGAUAGUUUGCCUAGGGAAGGAGAUCUUUUAAAAGCUGCCAAUAGGAGAUCCAGGGGCCUGAGAUCUCGAUUUUGCCAGGAUCUACUGCCAAAUUCUGCUAAAUCGCCAUGAUUCUGAGGGUGGCUGUGGGUUAAUUGCCUCUUCAUGAUGGGGGAAGCAUGAUGGGGGGAUGUUGUUCCCCAACAAAGGUGCCUGAUAUGCAGUGCACAGAAGCCACCUGUCGUACCCAGUACAAAAGCAAGUAGCUAGACCCUAGUUCUCCAAGGUGCAUCUGAGGUUUGGAAGAGGUUCCUUUUCAAUAAGUCAAGGCGGGGGGAAGAAAGGGCUUCAUUCUGAUCCUGCUAUACACUCCCCCAUCCUUGGGUCUUGGGAAGGAAACCACCCAACAUCACUAUUUGGAUCCAGAUCUUUCUCACCUCACAAGGUUAUUGUGAAGAAAGGGCUUCUUUCUACUGACUUUUCUAACUGACAUAAUCCAAAAUGUGGGACCAAUGGUUUUUCCUUAGCAUAAUGAUGGCUAUUUCCCCCAAGAUAUCACUGUUACUCAAGACCAUCCACUGUAGAAUUCCCAGUGCACAAACUGGCUGUCAGCCCACAGCCAGAAGCUUGCUUUCUUAUUCUGUUUCUCACCCUCCCAACUGCCAAGUUAGUUGACAGCAUUUUGUGCUUGGGCUGAAAAAAGGGCUUUGGUUAAAAAUGUGUGCCUUGAUCACAAGACCAUUGUCUAGGACAGGUUCUCUUGUAAAAGAAGGAAACUCCUGGUAUCUAUUGUGGCUUGCUGUUCUAAACUAAAUCCAAAAGCAAAGCCUCUUCCUCUAUUUCUCUUGACAUUGUGUCUUUUCAGCCACUCAUGUUGGUUAAAAAUUAAGGCCAGUUUCUCCUGUUUGUCUCUGUGGCACAAAUUACCCUUCUACCACUUUCUUGCUUCCCAAAUCCAGUCUUUUUAUUUAAAAAAGCAAAAAAAAAAAACCAUCAGGGCCAUCCCAAACCCUUACUGGAAUAAACCCCCUUUGACUAAAGGAAGGCCUGCCCUACUACAGGCUUUGGAUGACCUCAAGCCUGGAAUACAGUAAUAUCCCCUUCACUGUGCCUCUUGCCUCACCCCUGAAGCACACCACCAUGUCAGAUUUACCCAGAUUUAGCUUGUGGCAUUCCCUUUGAUAUUCGCCUUUGCCUGAUGAGUAAAUACCAAAUUCAGCCUUUCAUUAUUUUCCAGUCCUUUCCCAGAACUUUUCCUGACCUUCUGGAAGCACCUGGAAGGUGCUCUGGAGUGUCACAGCCACUGUUCAUCUAUCGAGAUCCUAGCCACCCUGUAAAGCCUCAACCAAGCUUGAGCCACCCUCCCCUUACAGGCAUCGAACGGUGAUGGUCUGGGGUGGAUGGUUGCCCUCUUGUAAGGGGAUCCUGUCACCCUUGACAUAGGGACUAGCACAGCCCCAUUGGUAGGUUCUAAGGGUAUUAAAUGCAAUAUACAAAUCUAAAAGGAAACCGUUUUCUUUCCACUUGAGCCUUUGGAAGAGCAAUGAGAUCUUGUUCUUUCACACUGCUGGGUAACUGGAGAAUUUGGCCAAGGAGAACCCGAAAUUUCUUAAAUGUCCUUUCCUGAAACGCCUCCCCCACCUAGAGUGAGGAGAACCUGUUGUAAUCUCUUCCUUGUUUACAAAUUACCAAAGAGCAGGAUGAGCUGCUCAGGCCCAGUGCAGCCAGCCAGGCAGUGGGGGAGGUUGGCUGUACUGGAAGCAAACAGCCCUAAGUGGACACUGGCUUCUGGGGGACGGGCUGGAAGCCAGGGCCUUGUACACCAUGUUGGAGUGGAGAGGUGGGCUUGCCCCCUGAUUUCCCAGGCUCUGAACCAUCUUGGCCAUCUGCUAAAAUGGCUUGUCCAAUGGCCUGGGUUUGCAUGUUGUAAUGAAAACUGGAAACAGAUUUGGGCAUUCUCUACUGAGGAGAUGGGCAUGAGGAAUCAUUCCAAGACUAGGAUUUUUCAUUUUUGUGAAACUGCCAUCCUCCACGUAGGAUGCCCUGAAUCUAAGGGAGACUCAUAAAUGCCUCCAGACUGAUAGGGGUCUGUCUGUUGCUCCCUCAAGGACAAAGUUGAGAUCCAGCAAGGUUUCUGGAUUGCUGAUGUGUGUGUGGGAGGGAAGAAAGUUUUUAAUUCAUAUUGAAUUCAAUUAUUUCAUAUCCAAAAUCUUCAGAGAUGACAGUGUUGGGUGGCCACCUCUUGGGGUCUCCGUUUUCUGUCCCAUUCUCUGUCCUAUAGCUCCUCAGUCACUUUUCUCCUCAGGAGAACAUGGGGAACCUUUUGCUUUUUUUUUGACUUGACCUACCUGGAAAAGGCCAAGGCAAUUUGGAAUGUGAGGCCUUGAGAGUGAACUUUGUAUACUUUAGUCAUUUUUUGAUAUUUUACCUUUCAUCUAUUUAUGGAUUUAUAAACUUUAUUAAUAAAAAUGUUUAUUUUUAAAAUAUGAAACUGGCCUUUUGGAAAAUUUUAGCAGAACCAGAAAUGUUACACCAUGUACGCCUGUACGCCAUUAAACAGAUUUCAUUAAAAAAAGAAAGCAGACAUGCACCAGA